AUGCACAACACCAUCGCCGCCGGCCUCUUUACUCUCAUUGUGCCUUCUUUAGGCCACGAUGUCCAAUUCUAUACCGGCAUCCAAUGCCGAGGCGAACGUCUUGGUGGAGUAGUCGGCUUGACGCCAGAUGAUGGUUGUCAGGACGGCAGCCUAUACAGUAUCAACGCCCAAUCAGUCUACAUUGCCCAGGGAGAUACCAAAGAAGACUUUAUAAUCGCCUUCUAUAAGGGCGACAGCUGUCCUCUCGAGAACGCUGUCGCAAAAGGAAAUGACGGUGCGUGCUUGAGCGUCGGCGGGGCCUACCGACAGUUCGGUUCCUACAACGCUCUUCCCAUCAUCCUGAGCAACAAGCAUGAAGACACUACCCAGCCCCAAGUGGAUGACGUCCCUUCGCGCUUCCAGCAUGGGGCUUUGUUUGAGGAUGACGAUGGUAUAGCAGAGAAUGCAUUUAGAGGUGUGCGUGCAGAGGAGUGGUCUUCCACCGCGCGCAUUGCCAACACGCAACCUCUGCCCGAGCUUGUCGACAUGCACACCGUCAAAGUCGCAGAAGAUCCCAAUAAAAACUCUGCCGAAAAAGAGUGA